CUCAGCUGUUCAACAUGGCCGCCGCAAUGUACCGGGGAGUCCUCUUCGCCGAGAAAAUCAUCGCCAGGAGAGGGGCACAGGUCCUGAGCAAUGCAGCAGUUGCACCACUGGCCGGAGUACAGCAGAAGAGGCACCUGAAUGUCCAUGAACAUGUGAGCUUCACCCUGCUCAAGAAGGCAGGAAUUCCUGUUCCUGGCUUUGGUGUUGCUCACACAGCUGAAGAAGCUGUUGACAUUGCCAAGAGCCUAGACUCCACUGAUGUGGUUGUCAAGGCACAAGUGCUCACUGGCGGCCGUGGCAAGGGGCACUUCAAAGGUGGCCUGAAGGGAGGAGUAAAGCUUGUCUACUCGGCUGAUGAAGCUGGAGAUAUUGCUGGCAAGAUGAUUGGUGACCUGCUGGUGACCAAACAGACUGGAGAGAGAGGAAUUGCCUGCAACAAGGUCAUGGUUUGCGAACGAAAGUUUCCUCGACGAGAGUUCUACAUGGCAAUCAUGAUGGAGCGUUCGUUUGGUGGGCCAUUGAUCAUUGCAUCCUCACAGGGAGGAGUUAAUAUUGAAGAUGUUGCAGAAGAGAGUCCUGAUGCCAUUUUUAAGUUCCCCAUUGACAUUUCAGUUGGUAUGACUGACGAGAAGGCAAAGGAAAUCGCAGUGAAGCUUGGCCUGGAAUCACGACUUGAAGAAACCAUUGCUGUUAUACACAGUCUUUACAAUGCUUUUGUUAACUACGAUGCCUCCAUGAUUGAGAUCAAUCCUUAUGCUGAAGAUACAUACGGAAAGAUGUAUGCUCUUGAUGCUAAGAUGAAGUUCGACGACAAUGCUGAAUUCCGUCAGAAGGACAUCUUUAAUGAGAGGGAUUGGUCCCAAGAAGACCCCAAGGAAGUUGAAGCAUCACAGCACAAUCUCAAUUACAUUGCCCUUGAUGGUAACAUUGGAUGCUUGGUGAACGGAGCAGGGUUAGCUAUGGCUACCAUGGACAUCAUCAAGCUACAUGGCGGUUCACCAGCAAAUUUCUUGGAUGUUGGUGGUGGAGCUACUUCUGAACAGGUCAAGGAAGCCUUCAAGAUUAUUACAGCAGAUCCUCAGGUGCAUGCUAUUAUGGUCAACAUUUUCGGUGGCAUCAUGCGUUGUGAUGUCAUUGCACAGGGAAUUAUUGCUGCAGCAGAAGAAUUGUCACUAAAGAUCCCUAUUGUUGUCAGACUUCAGGGCACCAACGUGGAUGAUGCAAAGGCUCUCAUUGCUCUGUCUAACCUAAGAAUCUUACCAUGCGACAAUCUGGAUGAUGCAGCAAAGAUGGCAGUCAAGCUUUCGAAUAUCAUGAGCCUUGCCAAGGCAGCAAAUAUUGAUGUUAAGUUUGAGAUCCCUGUAUAGGCAGGUAGCAGUGAUUACUGAAUUUGUAUAGAGUAUAUAAAAAAAGGAAAAUAAAUGAUUCAGAGGAAGACCAAAGAAUGACCCAGUUGUGAGUUAGACAAAUGUUUAAAUAUAUUUUGAAUUUUCCAUGGAUGUUUCAUGACAGGCUUAUAAAAGGAAAGGAAAAAAUAAAUUGUUUCUGCUUGUCAUAAAUAGGUGAUAAUAUGCAUUUGUCUUAUUUUGCAGGCAUUCUGCUUGUGAAUAAUCUGUAAAUUUUUGUAAAUGGCUAGGCUAUUUCUGUAUAUUACUUUCAGUAUUUGUUCUUUCCUGCUUUGUUACAAAUCUCAAAAACUUACGCCUUUAGAGGGAACAAAUAUGAAGAAGAAAUGGAACCUCUACCUAAUUUGUUUUUAAUAUAAUUAUUGUAAUAUAUUUAUAGAUUGUCUAAUCCCAGAGUUAUAACUUUAACCUGUAGUUGAGAGGAAUGUGCUGAACCUGUGGGCAUGAGUUAUGAGUCUGGGAGAGGCAGAAAGUGGCUCUGUUGGAAUGACCAAAUAAACUUCAGCCAAUGGCAAAACAUUUA